AUGGGAUCGUGCAAAGCGUUGGGUAUCACAGCAGCCCUUUUUUUGGGCUUCGGGCUUAUUGGAGGUAUUAUUACAAUAGCAGUGUUAUGGUCUCAAGAUAAUGCCGUCGAUCCUCCGAUCAUCAUUCCCACUGACUGGUGGCAGCAUUGCGUUUUGUAUCAGAUUUACCCUCGAUCUUUUAAAGACACUGAUGGAGAUGGUAUAGGAGAUUUAAAAGGUAUAACCGAAGAGCUAGAGCAUUUCGUGGAUGCAGGAGUUGACGCUAUAUGGAUGUCUCCCAUAUUCGCCUCCCCGAUGGUGGAUUUUGGAUAUGAUAUUAGUAACUUUUACGAGAUACAUUACGAAUACGGAACCAUGGAGGACUUCGAGGCUCUUCUUGAGAAGGCGCAUCGUUUAGGAAUAAAGGUGUUAUUGGAUUUCGUGCCCAACCAUGCUAGCAAUGAAUCGGAUUACUUCAAGAAAUCGGAAGCCAGAGAUCCCGAGUAUGAAGAUUUUUUCGUUUGGGCUGACGGGAUCGUGGAUCCAAACAAUGCCAGUAACAUUUUACCUCCUUCCAACUGGGUGAGCCAAUUCGAUGGAUCAGCGUGGCAAUGGAGUCCAAAACGCCAGCAGUUUUACCUUCACCAAUUUGCAGUUCAGCAAGUUGACUUUAACUUUAGGAACGAGUCAGUCAGACAAGAGAUGAAGAACAUCAUGAAGUUCUGGCUCGACAAAGGAGCCGACGGUUUCAGAGUAGACGCUCUGCCUUAUCUCAUGGAAGCUAACCCUGCUGACCACGGCGGUAGAUAUCCUGAUGAUCCUCUUAGUGGACGAAUUGGACUUGAACCUCAUCAACUAGGAUACACCAUCCCUCUCUACACUAAAGAUCUCAUUGAAUUAUAUGAUGUAGUUUACGAAUGGCGAGAAUAUGUGGAUCAAUAUUGGAUGGAAAAUGGCGGAGAAACUCGAGUGCUGUUGUCCGAAGGUUACGCAAAUAUCUCCAUGACGAUGCUUUACUAUGGUAACGACGAGGGAGAAUUCGGCGCCCACUUCCCCUUCAACUUUGAUUUCAUUACCGAUGUCUCUAAUACGUCAAAUGCGAGGGACUUCGUUUACACCAUUCAGAAAUGGCUCACGUACAAGCCCUUCUCAGCAACAGCUAACUGGGUGUUUGGCAAUCAUGACAAUAACAGGAUGCCAACUCGAUUCCGAGAAGACAUGGUGGAUGGUCUUAACGCCUUAAACAUGAUACUACCAGGUGUAGCUGUGACCUACCAGGGAGAAGAGAUCGGGAUGCAGGAUGGGUACGUGAGCUGGGAGGACACGGUCGAUGUAGAAGCCCUUAACAGAGGCGACAACGAAACCUACAUGCUGUACUCACGGGACCCAGCAAGAACUCCAUACCAUUGGAACGACUCACUCAACGCCGGUUUCUCAACCGCCAACAAAACUUGGUUACCAGUUGCUGAUAACUAUAAGGAACUGAACCUACAAGCUCAGAAAGCAGCUAAUGUUAGCCACUUUAAAGUUUAUCAGAAAUUAACAGCUCUUCGCAAGGAGAUGUCUAUGAUCCAUGGAGAUUACGAAGUGAGAGCGUUUUCCGAUCUCUCCUUCUACGUAGUGCGUAACUUCAGGACCUACGACACAUUUGUUUUAUUGUUCAACGUCGGAGACAGAGCAGAUGUCAUCAAUCUGACUAGAAUCCAGGACAUAAAAGUACCCUCUACUGUUGAAGUAGCCAGUAUUCAUUCCAAGAGGAGAGCAGGUGACAUCAUCGAGGAAAACCUGAUACAACUAGAGGCAGGAGAGGCGAUAGUGAUACGAGAUGCUCCACUAGAUUAA